ACUCGUACGGUUCAAGUGUGGAAUGUUGACAUGUAGAAGUUCGGUUUAAUUAAUACACCAUGAGUAUUUUGGUGUUUUGUAUACGACACAAUUAGGUGUUUUUCACAUUUACUUAAUAUAAGUGACACCGACUUCGUAGACUAACGAUACUUGAACCUAAAAAUCUAGAUCUAGUAAAAGAAGAAAGCAUGUAACAAGGGGGAAUAACUCUACAUUGUGUUGUCCAACUGCUUGUCAAAACGAAACUACAAACGUUGACUUGUGCUAAUUUAAGGAGUUAAAUUACAUGGAUUUAAUCAUUAAAGAUAUUUAUUAAUAACUCCGUAAGCCUGGUGCAUUGCGAAUACUGAAAUGAAAUACUAUUGACAACGUAUCUUUUCAGUACCGUAUGGUAUCCAUGAUUGAUGAUUGAUUCAAUGUUGAGUAUAAUGCAUGUUUUAAUUUAAUGUUUUAUUCCCCAAAUAUUUGUAAUUUUGUAUGUUAACACCAUCAGACAUUAUGCAGAAUGUUUUAUUCCCCAAAUAAUUGUAUGUUGACACUAUCGAACAUUAUGCAGAAAUUAAUAGAUCUUGUUACUGUUAAAGUUUAAUAGCAUUUUAUUUUAAUUAGCUUGUUCAACAGUCUAUCAGCAUUAACAAACACAAUAUGCACAUAAGGAGAGUGAUUGAAAUAAAAGAAUUAGAAAGAAUUUUGAUGCGAUCAAAGUCUACUUUUAGUAUAAAGUCUAAGCCCAAAUGUUUUGUUCCAAAAAGUGAACCACCAGAUGAAGUCAACAUAUACAGACUACAGCAUUUCAUUGACAAAAGUAAGCACCUGUUUGUGAUUACUGGUGCUGGACUUUCAACAGAAAGUGGAAUUCCAGAUUACAGAUCUGAAGGCGUAGGUUUAUAUGCAACCAGUUCUAACAGACCAGUGCAGUAUAAAGACUUUUUGAAAAGUGCCGAUAUCAGAAGGCGAUACUGGGCCAGAAAUUUUGUAGGAUGGCCAAGAUUCUCUUCGUUUUUGCCCAAUGUAUCCCAUCAAAUAUUCAGACAGUGGGAAGUUAAAAACAAAAUUAAUUGGUUAGUGACACAGAAUGUUGACGCUUUGCAUUGUAAAGCUGGAAGUACAAAAGUUACAGAAUUACAUGGCAGUUCUCACAGAGUUGAAUGCUUGACAUGCAAACAGAUAAUACCUAGAAAUCGGAUGCAGGAAAUGAUAAUUUCUCUCAACCCCGAUUGGCACGAGCAGUCAUUUGAUAUAGCACCAGACGGAGAUGUUAAUCUGAAAUGGGAGCAAGUUGAAGGAUUCAAGGUUCCACCAUGUGACAACUGCGGGGGAAUAUUAAAGCCUAAUAUAAUAUUCUUCGGAGACAAUGUGCCUCGAGAAGUGGUCAGCUCGGUGUUUGACCAACUAGACAAGUGUGAUGCUGUGUUAGUGGCUGGAUCAUCUCUGCAGGUGUUUUCUGGAUUUCGUUUUGUGAGUAAAGCCCAUGACGAUGGAAAGCCCAUAUCAAUAGUGAAUAUUGGUUCAACCCGAGCUGAUCAUCUUGCCAGCAUUAAAAUCAGUGCACAAUGUGGUAAGGUUCUUAGUCAAAUCGACGUCGAUUUGUAGCCGUCAGGACUUGGCCAGACUUGGGAAUAGAUGGCAAAGUUGAAGGACUCAUUCUGAGAAUAUGAAGAUUAAUAUGCUACAAAGAUGGUUUACAAACUGCAGAGCCUUUUAAUCUGGACUGUAUAUUUUGUAGAUUUAAAUUCAGUUUUUAAACAAUAUUUAAUCAGGUUUUUGAAUGGCACAAUGUUGUUUUCUUAAUAGUGCACUUUAGUGGCAUCAAGAUUCAUAUAAAUAAUGGCAAAAAAGUUGUUUUGUUUUGUUUAAUGACAUCACUAGAGCACACCGAUUUAUUAAUCAUUGGUUAUUAGAUGUUGAAUUGUUGGCAUAUCAGUCGUGGUGCACUGGCAGGAGGGAAAAAUAGCCCCAUGGGCACGCUAAUGGGGUUUGAUACUAGAAUUGACUAUACAUAAUAAAAGAUCUUUAUGUCCCGCCCCAACAGGUAAUGUCAUGAUUUUAAAUUAUUAUCUUAGUGGUUUUUUAAAAAAUCACAUACCUUGUCAUUCCAACCUUCAUGGCAAGAGUCUUCAAAGAUUAUCCUCGAUUUCAUGUUUCACUUUCAAAAUGGAAAAUUUGACGGGAACAGAAGAAAUUGUGGCAGUAAUGCACUGGCCAUUACAUAUUAUAAAAUAAUUACUUGUAAUCUAUCUUGAAUUUUUAUUUUUAAAGUUACAUAUAUAACAAAAACAUUAUGAUAGCAAAUUAUUUAUUUGCAGUUUUGUUUCAAAACAAGAUGGAAAAAAGAAACAAACACAAAUUAUGUUAAUAUCCAUGAUAAAGUACAUUGCAGAUACUGUCCAAUGCCAUAUAACUGUAAAUAAAAUGUGUUGAGUGUGUCGUUAAAUAAAACAUUUCCAUUGCAGGUAUUGUGGCCAACUGCUUUAUUUUCUCACGUUUAAAGAAGAAAACCUCAAAACACGACACAAAAUAGUCUUAUUUUAUAAAAAAUAAAAUUAAAAAAAAGUCAAAAACUGACAAAUUUGAUCUAAAAGUCUGGACUUCAUAGAGAAUUCUUACCUGAUUAACAUAGGACAACUUUGAAAAUUAGGUUUGUGGUUUCAAAGGUACCCAAGCAUCAAGCCAAUAUUACAUCAAAUUUACAAUGUGUACACCAUAAAAGAAAAUAAUAAUUAAAAAAUCCAUCAAUCCAUUUUUCAUUAAAUAAUAAAAACUAAAUAACUCCAAUAUGUUUUAUCAACUACAUGCUAAAGAAAUUAACCACCAGUAUAAAAUGAAGAUCAGCUUGCACAAUUGAUGGAUAUAAAACUAGUCUUGGUAAACAGAUAAAAUUCCAUUUUUGUCUAUGUGGGUAUUUUCAUGAUUAAAUACAUUGUUUUAAAAAAAAA